AUGAAAAGCUCACAAGACACAAAGCUAAAAUAUCCUGAAAUUAACAGAAGCUCAAAGAAGAAUCGUCAUCCGAAAUCCGUGCAUCUCCAAAAGGAAGACCUCCAUCAUCAACUCGAGGAUUACGUGCGUUUGCAAUAUUUGAAGUAUGUUGAAGGCGUUUUGCGAGACAAUUACAAUUUAUGGCUCAAAAGCGACACAGGCCAAAUUUCCGGUUUAAUUGUCACGGAAAAGGAGAUCAAAGAAACUGCUGAAACGAUUGAGAUUGAAGCUCUUAAGGCAUGCACCAUUGUCUCGCUUUAUAGGAAGCAAAUUAAUAAAUUGAUCGACACAAUUAAAAAUGAGACUCAGCAAAAUUUGUUGAAUGCUGUGCUGAUGAAGACAAAAUUCAAUUCGAAGCCAAGCAAGAAACACGUUGCGACCCAAACGAGCGUCGUUCAUCAUCAAAAGCGAAUACCCAGCCCGAUAGUUGUCGAUGCAAAAAAGCAUAAAAAAUCAACGAGAAAUGAAAUUGACGUGUCCGAAGCAACGUUAGAUGAGAAAAUUCGUCGAUUUCAAGAGAGUUUUAUCGAAACGGACGACAUGAAAUGCCCCAAAAAUGAUUGUUUGGAUCCAUUGCCGGUUAUUGAGACACCUACAAGACCUCCAAUGACCCCUUCGAUUAACUUAAAUGACCUUCUUUCGCAUCGAAAGCAACAAAAACAGGUAUUUUUCGCUCCCGCAACACCAAGUAGCGUCGCAAGUCAAACACCGAGCAUCAAUUAUUUGCAAAUUCCUGCAACGCCAACUUGUUUAAUGACUCCCGCAAGCACUUGCACAUCAAAUUCCGUGAAUCAAGAUGCCCAAGACGAAGUAGAGAAGAAAAUUAUGCAGGAAUUGAACGAAAUGUUCGGCGAAGAAGAGACAAAAAAUGACGUCGAGGAUAUUUUUGGAGCAGAAUCGUCAAAAAAUGUCGUAAAAGUGACUCGUGAACCAUCGCCCGUGAUAGAUUUACAAACAUUAUCGAAGAUGAAAGACCCGGAACAAGAGGAAAAAGAGAUGAAACAACGUUUAAUGUCGAGUAUUUGGCCUUGUGAGCUUCAUCAUCAAAAAAUGCGACUUCGAACUGUCUUGAGCGACAUCGCGGAACGAAAUUUUCGCAAAUACGAAAAAAUUAAACAACGAUUCCGUGAAUUGUUUGACGAUGAUGAGACUGAAAAUGAACUCGCGCCAUAUAGUCCGAGCAUAGAACUCGACGAAAUUCUUCUGGGAAGUUGUCGAAAGCGGAUUUCUCAUUGGGUUGUCAAAACUCUCAUGAUGCCAUACAAAAAUGGGCAAAUUGAAAAGUUCCUCUUCAAGCGUCUCGCCAAAUAUCUCGCCGACAGUAUUAUUUAUCAGGACCAAUAUCCGAGCGAAACGUAUGUGAAGGAUUUUGUGUACGAUUUUAUUUGUCGACAUCCUCGAAUCGAAUGUCUCGAGGACAUGUAUUCGGAAAAUUAUUUGAAUUAA